AUGUUCCGUAAACCAUUUUCCGUGAAGAGUAAUACAAAUAUGCGGAAUUCUGAUCGACGUAAAUUGUUGAGUAGAAUGCACUGUGCUGACCUGUUGACGACAUCAAAAUCGCAGGUGGCUCAUGUGAAGUUACUAGCGAAUAAUGGUGCUCAUAUGAAUGCAUAUACGUUCGAUAGGAAUCCGCUAUUGUUCGAGAUCGAUGGUGAUACGAAUCUUUAUCCAACAGGUAAGUGGGAAAUCCCACAGAUUCCGCAAAUUUCAUCCUCUUUUGUUAUGGUUUUAACAAAUUCUUAUUGUUGA